AUGUCGCAACAAGAUAAAUCCGUCCUCGGGAUGCCGGGGUUCAUGGUCGAUUUCUUGAUGGGUGGUGUUGCCGCCGCCGUCUCGAAGACCGCCGCCGCUCCCAUCGAGCGUGUCAAGCUCCUCAUCCAGAAUCAGGAUGAGAUGUUGAAGUCCGGUCGUUUGGAGAAACGUUAUGCUGGUAUCACGGAGUGCUUCUCCCGAACCAUCAACUCCGAGGGCGCCAUGUCCCUGUGGAGAGGCAACACUGCCAACGUCAUCCGAUACUUCCCCACCCAGGCGCUGAACUUCGCCUUCCGUGAUACCUACAAGUCCAUGUUCAACUUCAAGAAGGACCGUGAUGGUUACGCGAAGUGGAUGGCCGGCAACUUGGCUUCCGGUGGUGCUGCUGGUGCGACCUCCCUCCUGUUCGUCUACUCCCUGGACUACGCCCGUACCCGUCUCGCCAACGACGCGAAGAACGCCAAGUCGGGCGGUGACCGUCAAUUCAACGGGCUCGUCGAUGUCUACAAGAAGACCCUCGCUUCCGACGGUGUCGCUGGUCUCUACCGUGGGUUCGGUCCCUCCGUCCUCGGAAUCGUCGUCUACCGUGGUCUGUACUUCGGUCUCUACGAUUCCUUCAAGCCGGUUGUCCUCGUUGGUCCUCUUGAGGGCAACUUCCUCGCUUCGUUCGCUCUCGGUUGGUGCGUCACCACCGGUGCCGGUAUCGCCUCGUAUCCUCUUGACACCGUCCGCCGUCGCAUGAUGAUGACCUCCGGAGAGGCCGUCAAGUACAAGUCCUCCUUGGAUGCCUUCAACAAGAUCGUCGCCGCUGAGGGUAUCCGCUCGCUCUUCAAGGGUGCCGGUGCCAACAUCCUCCGUGGUGUCGCUGGUGCCGGUGUGCUGUCCAUCUACGACCAGGUCCAGCUCAUCCUGUUCGGCAAGAAGUUCAAGUAA